UUCGGGAACGUCAGAUUCCCGUAGUGUCUACGCAGCCAAACACAGAUCUAUGAACGGAGUGGAUCAUCUCAAAAUGUGCUUGCGCCCACUACAAGCAAGCCCAUGAUCUACAACUCAGUGAAAUGCGCAGAUUCUGUGUAAUCGCAGUCUUCGAACAAAGCGGAUAGUUUUCACGUCGCCACACUUCUUCUAAGACUUCCAUGGCGUGAAACCCUUUUAGUGUCGGUCUUGAAAGGGCGUGUAGUUGUCUAGUUCAGCCCCAUAGCGAGCGAGUAAAGGGAGUGCCCUGAAGAAGAUAGUCCAAGAAGUUGGACCUGUGAGUCUCACUGACGGACCGAGAGACAAACAGACAAAAGGACAGACGAACACACAGACAGACGGGGUGGAUGCCGGGCCUCUGGUUAUCGUGGGGACCACUCACUGCACCUGUUUGACCUUUAACUGACCUCUGACACUUAUCCUGAAGUACAGGUAUGGGUGGUGUCAUGGAGGAGGAGGUGGUGCGGGGGUUCCUGAGGAGGUUCCUGGAGGAGUUCCCUGCUCCGCUGGGUUCUGAAGACCCCCUGCCUCUCAGCCCCCUCAGCAGGAAGGUCAGCCUGGACGAACUGAGAGGAGAGAGCCUGGACCUGGGCCUACGGCUGCUCAACACCAGGAAUGCUCCAUCACCACUGAGUGCAGCCAUGUGCCAUGCAGCCUUGGCUAAGCUGCUGAAGGCUGACCUUUCACCUUUCCACCUCCCCCAGGAAGCUGAACAGCAGCAAGGAGAGGAACAGGAAGUCGUUUUGCUCCAAUCAGAGCCCAUCCAGCGGCUGUUUCUCAAUAAGCUUCAGGAGGUGGGUGUGGCUUGGCACCAGACUCUCCCCGCCCCCCUCCCAGUAGGUCCCUCCCGUUUCCUCAUGUGCUCCGCCCACGCCAUCAGGAACACUCGGAGGAAGAUGGAGGAUCGUCAUGUGGCCCUACCUGAUUUCAACACACUCACUGGCCUCAAGGACGGUGUGGAGCGUGGUUACUAUGCUGUGUUUGACGGGCACGGCGGCGUGGACGCUGCCAUCUAUGCUGCCACCCACCUGCACGUCACUCUCAGCCAGCAGGGGGGUCUGCAGAGCGACCCAGCCACUGCCUUCAAGACAGCCUUCACCCUCACUGAUGACAUGUUGAGAGGGAAAGCCAAGCGAGAGCGUCUGCGCAGCGGCAGUACAGGCGUGGCGGUGCUACUGCAGGGGGAGUGGCUUCAUGUGGCGUGGCUGGGAGACUCCCAGAGCAUGCUGGUCAGACGGGGUCAAGACGUUACUCUGAUGGACCCACACAAGCCUGAGAGAGAGGAUGAGAAGCAGCGUAUAGAAGACCUGGGUGGAUGCAUCGUCUUCAUGGGCUGUUGGCGUGUCAAUGGAACCUACGCUGUCUCUAGGGCCAUAGGGGACUUUGACCAGAAGCCCUAUGUCUCUGGGGACGCUGACUGUUCCUCCACAAGGCUACAUGGAGACGAGGACUACAUUCUCCUGGCCUGCGAUGGUUUCUUUGACGUUGUCCGGCCCGCAGAGGUCCCGGUCCUGGUCGUCAGGGCGCUACGGGAGCAUGGGGAAUCCCAGGGGGCCGUGGGGGGGGCUGGGUGUGAAGAGGUCUCAGAGGGUGUUCUGGGGGAGAGCGUGGCCCAGGAGCUAGUGGCUCACGCUAAGGCAGCGGGCUCUAGUGAUAACAUCACCGUCAUGGUGGUGUUUCUACGUCCCCCUGCGCAGCUACUGCUCCAGGACCAGAGCAACACCGCUGCUGCUACUAAUGGGUCAGCCCAGGAGUAGGGUGAAGUUGC